AUGGGGAGCCCCCGGGCCGCGCCGCUGCUGCUGCUCCUGCGCCCGGUCAAGCUGCUAAGGAGGCGCUUCCGGCUGCUGCUGGUUCUCGCUCUCUUGUCCGUGGUGCUCUGGACUCUGUAUCUGGAACUGGUGGCAUCGGCCCAGGUCGGCGGGAACCCCCUGAACCGGAGGUACAGCAGCUGGAGAGAACUGGCCAAGGCUCUGGCCAGCAGGAAUAUUCCCCCUGUGGAUCCAAAUCUCCAGUUCUACCGUCCCCAGAGGUUGAGACUUGAGGACCAAGGUGGGAGCAGUAACAGCAGCUACUUGAAGAGGAACCGGCCUGUGCCCUGGCUCUCAGAGUUCCGGGGCCGUGCCAACCUGCACGUGUUUGAAGACUGGUGUGGCAGCUCCAUCCAGCAGCUCAGGAGGAACCUUCACUUCCCACUGUACCCCCACAUCCGCACUACCCUGAGGAAGCUGGCUGUGUCCCCCAAAUGGACCAACUAUGGCCUCCGCAUCUUUGGCUACCUACACCCCUUCACCGAUGGGAAAAUCCAGUUCGCCAUUGCUGCAGAUGACAAUGCUGAAUUCUGGCUGAGCCACGACGACCAGGUCUCAGGCCUUCAGCUGCUGGCCAGUGUGGGCAAGACUGGAAAGGAAUGGACAGCCCCUGGAGAGUUUGGGAAAUUUCGGAGUCAAAUUUCCAAGCCAGUGAGGGAGUUGCUAGGCUAUGAGACAGUCCUAAGGAUGGAUGAGGUGGGCCACAUCCCACAGACAGCAGCCAGCCACGUGGGCUCCUCAGACUCUCUCCCCCGGGACGAGCAGCCGCCUGCUGACAUGCUGCGGCCUGACCCUCGAGAUACCCUCUAUCGAGUGCCUCUGAUCCCCAAGUCUCAUCUCCGUCAUGUCCUGCCUGACUGUCCCUACAAACCCAGCUACCUGGUGGAUGGGCUCCCUCUGCAGCGCUAUCAAGGACUCCGGUUUGUUCAUCUGUCCUUUGUUUACCCCAAUGACUAUACCCGCCUGAGCCACAUGGAGACCCACAAUAAAUGCUUCUACCAGGAAAAUGCCUACUACCAGGACAGGUUCAGCUUUCAGGAGUACAUCAAGAUUGACCCGCCUGAGCAGCGGGGGCCAGAGCAGCCAGGUUUUGAGGAGGGCCUUCUAGAAGAGUCUCAGUAUGGAGAAGUGGCAGAGGAGACCCCCACCUCCAAUGACCAGAAUGCCAGGAUGCUGGAGAGAAAACAAACGCCUACCUCUACCCCCCAGCAGGAUGUCACUGACUACCACCUCCAAAACCUGAGGAGACUAUUGGCUCAGCCUCGCCCGGGCCUGCUGGCACCCUUUUCCAAAUGGAAUUCCACAGGUCUCUUCCCAAUGAGGACCAGCGACAUCCCAGUCCAGAAUCCGAAGAAGAGAAAGAAGAAACCUAGCCCUGAGCCCAGCCAAGUUUCACCUCAUUCUGACAAGUGGCCUCCUGGACACCUGGCAGGCAACCCACCUCCAAUGAAGAGGCCCAGGUCCACCAGUGAUGGCCCUAGGAAGACUCUUGGGCAGUCCCAGUGGCUGAACCAAGUGGAGUCAUACAUUGCAGAGCAGAGAAGGGGUGAUAGGAUGGAGCCUCAGGUCCCUGGGAGGGGUUGGCAGGGGGAGGAGGAAGUGGUAGCAGCUGCUAGCCAGGAAGGACAAGUGGAGGGAGAGGAAGAGGGGGAGGAAGAGGAAGAGGAUAUGAGUGACAUGUUCGAGUAUGUACCUGUGUUUGACCCAGUGGUAAACUGGGACCAGACCUUCAGUGCCCAGAAUGUCGACUUCCAAACCCUGAGGACUGACUGGAUUGAUCUGAACUGUAACACAUCUGGCAACCUGCUGCUUCCAGAACAGGAGGCUCUUGAGGUCACACGGCUCUUCUUGAAGAAGCUCAACCAGAAGAGCGGGGGGAGAUACCAGCUACAGCGCAUUGUGAAUGUGGAGAAGCGUCAGGACCAGCUGCGUGGGGGUCGCUACCUCUUGGAGCUUGAACUGCUAGAGCAAGGCCAGCGCCUGGUGCGGCUCUCUGAAUAUGUGUCUACCCGAGGCUGGCAGGGCAUUGAUCCAGCUGGUGGGGAGGAGGCUGAGGCCCGGAACCUGCAAGGCUUGGUCUGGGGCCCACACAACCACCGGAGGCAUGUCCUGAAUGUCAGAGCCUCAGAGCCCAAGCUGUGCUGGCCCCAGGGUUUCUCAUGGAAUCACCGAGUCCAAUGGGGACUCCUGACUCGAGGAGUGGAGAUGCUCAUCUAUGCCUUACCUCUGUUUCUCUCGUCCUGCCCGGCCACUGGGGUAGUAAAGAACCAGGCACGCUGGGUGCAACAAUUCAUCAGAGACAUGGAAAACCUGUUCCAGGUCACUGGCGACCCACACUUCAACAUCAUUAUCACUGACUAUAGCAGUGAGGACAUGGAUGUCGAGAUGGCGCUGAAGAGAUCCAAGCUGAGGAGCUUCCAGUACAUGAAGCUAAAUGGAAACUUUGAACGCUCAGCUGGCCUUCAGGCUGGCAUAGACCUGGUAAAGGAUCCACACAGCAUCAUUUUCCUCUGUGACCUCCACAUCCACUUUCCAGCAGGAGUCGUUGACACCAUACGGAAGCAUUGUGUGGAGGGCAAGAUGGCCUUCGCCCCCAUGGUGAUGAGGCUGCAUUGUGGGGCCACCCCCCAAUGGCCUGAGGGCUACUGGGAGGUGAACGGGUUUGGGCUGCUUGGCAUCUACAAGUCAGACCUGGACAGAAUUGGGGGCAUGAAUACCAAGGAGUUCCGAGACCGCUGGGGCGGAGAAGACUGGGAGCUGCUGGACAGGAUCUUUCAAGCAGGCCUGGAAGUGGAACGUCUCUCCCUCAGGAACUUCUUCCAUUACUUCCAUUCAAAGCGAGGCAUGUGGAACCGCCGCCAGAUGAAGAUGGUGUAA